CCGGAUCCGGUGGAUGUAUUUCUGGUACUCUGCUUUCAUUCGUGUUUUUCCAGUCUCAUUAUUCAACGCGACGUUACCACGCGGAGACGUGCCUGUGUAAUCACAAGUGUAAUAACUACAAUUUCAAAGACUGAAAAGAAAACCAUUUUAUUCAGAUGGACGCCACGGACCUACACGAUCCUUUAUUAACAUGUCCAUACGAUAAAAGUCAUCGUAUUCUUAAAAGCAGGAUGCAAUAUCACUUGGUGCGAUGUCGUAAGAACCAUCCUUGCGAUAAAUCGGAAAUGGAAACAUGUCCGUACGAUGCUACUCAUAUAAUUUCAAAGGCAGAAUUUCCAUACCACUUGGAAAACUGUUUCAAAAGGGGAACAGUAGUCAACUUCAUUACUUCAAAGGAACCAAACCGAAGUGUCGGGGCUGUGUCUAUGGACACCAUAAUAAAUGUUUAUGUCCCUCCACAGAAUGAAAACUGGGACAAUGAGCCACCAGAGCAAACAUACGAUGCCUUGAAAGAAGUAAAGAACAAGUGCGUAUCAAUCCCUCAAGUUGGUUAUUUAUCAAAAGCGAAAAGGAAGCUUCAUAUUCAAGCAGAAAGAUUGCGAAUUCGAAAUCUAGAAACAAGUGAUGCUGAUCAAUUCAAUCCUCCUCCCAGGAAUAGGAGACAGAAUGAAGAAGAAGAAGAAGAAGAAGAUGUCACAGAGACUACAGAAGCACCAUUGCGUCCACCGCGUUCGAAAGUUCAUUCCGCCUCAAUUUGUUCAAACACUGAUUAUAUGGCCGAGUCUUUAAACAACACCAGACAAUUGAAUUCUACAUUCCAUUCGGAAUGUAAUGAGCCAGCAAUUCCCAUUCAUCAGAAUGCUUCACAAGCAUUCUUUAAGCCAAUGGUUGCAGAUACUGAGGAAAGAACCUACGCAUCAAUUUCUCAGUCAUCAAUAAAUUCGAUAAAACUGUUUAAUCCUGCUCCAAAUGAAGUCGCUGCCGAUGAAGUGAAUGAUAUAAAUUUCGGAAAUUUACACAUUUCUACAGCAUACUCGAGCACCAGUACAUUAAACAAUAUCGACAGUAAUAUUUGUCCCUUGGAUAAUAAUAAUUCGGUAACAAGCAAUCAUUCGAAUUUGAACUCAUCAAAAAGCGAUAUAAUGGAAAUUCAAAAGCGUCUCGAUGUUGUGACUAAAUUGCAGGAGCAUUUAGACUCUGAAAAAGCCAUAUUAAAAGAAAUGGUUAAUAAUUUAUGUUCAACGAACGAUAAUGAUUCAAGAAUGUCUUCCAAUAGUCGAUGUGCGGCCAAUUUUUCAAACGCAAGUGAUAUGAAAUAAGUUCAUGUAAAGCUUAAAUCGAUAACUUCAAUUCAACUUUAUUAUUUAAAUUUUUCUCUUGCAAUUGAUGCCAAAGUUGAUUAUUAUUCUUAAUUUUCUUUGAAAUACUUUUAUAAGAUUUUAUUUUUGAUACUUCUUUAACUCUACUUUAUGAUCAAUAAGAAUAUAAAAAUACGUUUAGUUGGAAAAUUUGAAAAAAAAAUUAUUCUAUUCAUGUACAUGUUUAUAAAUCUGUAGAGAUCAAUAUGUAAAACUUUAUUUUUCAAAUAAAACAUUUUUCUGAGAAA